GAAAAUAAUAAAAUAAUUUGGAUCUGAGGCAGGAAACUUCCGGAGACAUCGGAGGAACCCUAAAUUGAAUGAGAAGAGGAGAGUGAGACGGGAGAGAAAGCCAGAGCGAGCGAUAGAGCAAAGACAUGGAGAGAGAGGAGGAGAAGACGAAAGAGGGCUCAUCGUAUAGGUACUGGGUGAGAGAAGCCACCUCAGACGCAGCUCCUCCUCCUCUGCCCCAAAAGCUCAGCAACAACGACGUCUCUCUCAAUACUGCUCCUGCGUCCCUUGGCUCUCUCUGGAAUCGGGCUGGCACUUGGGAGGAGAAGAGUCUCACCAAAUGGGCUACUGACCGAUUAAAGGAGCUGUUGGGAUCAGUGGGUUCAUUGCAGUUCUCUUCUGGAAAAGCUGAGAUUAUAGAUGUUAACAGAUGUGUUGGAGAUGCUUUCUUAGUCACAGUUCGGAACAAGAAAAGAGUUGGCUAUACUUACGAGCUUUCCCUUAAAGUUGAGGGAGAGUGGUCAUUUGAAGAGAAUAUGAAGAAGGUGAAGGGGAGCCUCGAGAUUCCAGAGUUUUCAUUCGGCGAGCUUGAUGAUCUUGAGGUGGAUGUGAAGCUCAGCGAAGACAAGGAGCUUUCCCAGCAGCUGAAGCAGCGGAUUAAGUUGGAUAUGAAGCAGUUCUUGGAGCCUAUACGCCUCAAACUCGGCCUGUUCGAACAGGAACUCAAAGAUAGAUAAGGAUUUGUUCCCUAUAUUUUUCCAAUUUCAGCCAUUUUCAGUUAGCAGUAACAAGAACUUCGUAAAACAUUGCAUCUUACGCUUUUCUGUAUCCAUGCUUGUUGACUGUCAAAGUUCAGUUGAUCAAUCAGAUUUUAUCUAAUGAGAUAUACUUUUAUAGAAGUGUAGAUUAUUACAAGUAUAUAUAUAUGACUACUAUAUUUUGGUUAUAUGCUUAUACAUUUUGGAUAUAUGUUCGGGUACUCAUUCGGUUCGAGUUUGGUUAUGGUUCU